AUGCUGAUAUUUUACGUGAUUGUCCAAAUGACUAAUGUAAAAAAAUUAAAACGAUAUGAAAAAGAUUAUUUUAUGCGUCGAGCUGAAGAGGAACAAGGAGAAUUACCAUUACAACGUCUUGAAGCUGAUAAUAAACGUUUAACUGAAACAUGUAUGCGUUCUGAAUUAGAAAAUGAAAUGCUUGCGCUUGAAUUAGUUAAUGAUCGUGUUAGACUCAAGAAUAAUCUUGAGCAGGCUGAAGAUCGAAUGGAAAAAUUAACAAGAGAAUUACAAGCUACUCGAGUGAUUGUAAAAGAAAGUGAACAACAUACAUUUCGAUUAAAUGAAGAGCUCGAAAAUAUUCGAGAAGCUUUUCGACGUACAUGUGAUGAACUUCAACAAACACAAAAAAUUGUUACAGAAUAUAAACAAAAUGUUUGUUGUAAUUCCUGUAAUAAUUUAAUACGUGGAACAACAUCUCCACCAUCAAGUGUAGUAUCAACACCUGAAUGUGAAAGACAAAAUCAUGAUAAUGAAGAUAUUUUACCAAAAAUAUCAUCAGUUCCAUCAUCUAUUACUGAUCGUUUACGUCAAGUUGAAAUCGAAUUAGCAGAAAAAAAAUUAGCUCUUACUGAAGCAUUGUGUAACAAUCAAGAACUUGCACAUCAACUUCGACAUUCAAUAUCAAUAGCAAAUGAUUCAGACACAACGUCAGUUAAUAGUUUUCGUGGUAUCAGUAAUAAUAAUAAUUCAACUGUUAGAUGGUUAUCAAAAACGAUAAUAAUGUUAACUUAUCCAUUUGAUUUUCAUUUUACAUCGGCUAUUGUUAGUCGUGUACCAGCAAGUUUAAAAGAUGCUGCAAUAUGUCAACGUGAAAUACGAGAAGUUAUUAAUAUUGAAAAAGCAUGA